UCCCCUCUCUCCCCACACGCCGAGGCAGAGCGACGAGAGAUCGAACCGGCGCAAUAGCAGACCAGGAGCAGCACGCCGAGAUGUGGAGCUCCGACUCCGACCCCGAGCUCGCCACCGCCACCGCCACCUCCGCCUCCCAGCCGCCGUUCCCACCUCCCGCGCUGCGGAGCCGACACCGCCACCGCCACCGCCGGAAGAAGAGCAGCGCUGCCGUCGCGCCCCCACGCGAGGCUGAGGCCGAGCCGGAGCCGGAGGUCGAGGCCGAGGACGUGUGGCGCGGAGCGCAGUGGGAGACGGUGUGGCCGCGGCACCCGAAGCCUGUCCUGCUCGCUGAGGAGGACGACGGCGCGGGAGAAGGCAGCGGGGUGGGGCGGUCGAGGAGCCUGACGGACGACGACCUGGAGGAGCUCAAGGGGUGCGCGGAUCUAGGGUUCGGCUUCAGCUACGACGAGAUCCCAGAGCUCCGCGGCACGCUUCCGGCGCUCGAGCUCUGCUACUCCAUGACCCAACGGCUCCUCGACGAGCACCCCCAGGCCCAGUCCACGCCGGAGGCUGCCGCCGCAACGCCGUCGGCACCCUCGCCUCCCGUCACCAACUGGAAGAUCUCCAGCCCCGGAGACAGCCCGGACGAGGUGAAGGCGCGGCUCAAGUACUGGGCGCAGGCGGUGGCAUGCACCGUCCGCCUCUGCAGCUGAACGAGACACGCCAUUCGCAUCGGCAAAACCACGCCACCAGCCGAAACCAACCCCGACGAAGACGACAACACGAGCGAUGAAGAAGGCUCCCGCGGGAUGACCAGAUCGCGUUGCUGCUGCUGUGAGCUUGUGAUCGAAGCGCGUCCCGGAUGUGAUGCCGGGCGUUGGCAGCUGUGCAUCCUUGCAGCUAGUUUGGUGGAGGAUGGGGCUGGAUCGUAGCACACAUGGGCUGGGACCGGGAACAAUUUGAUUGGUGAAUUGGUUGCUGUGCGCCUGUGCUCUGCUCCAGCUGAGCGACCUGCCUCUGGCUGCCUACCCAGUGCUCAGCAGCCUUCUUCAGAAACUAUUGUAAUCAAAAUAAUGUUCAGAAUAAUGUAAUUCAAAUUUGGGAGAUUAGAGUGAAUAAAAAAAUGGAUUCAUCAUGCAAAA